AGAUGGAAAAGGGAAAAGUUUCGACCAUUAGAGGGAGAUCUCAGAGCGCGCAGAGGAGCUGUGCACAGCCUCCGCCAGCCGCGCUCCGCAUACCAGAAGCACCACUUUAGUGAAAGGCAGGGAGAAACAAAUCCUCUCUCACGCCAAUCCAUGAAAAUGCUUUGGAAACUGACGGAUAAUAUCAAGUAUGAGGAAUGUGAGGAAAACUUCUGCUCCUUCACCAGGCUUCCUCGCGGUCCUGCAGCUGGAGAGGGGCUGGGUCCUUCCCCAGGAACUUCGGGGCUUGUGGAAACCCAGCUUUGUCGGCAGUGUGUGAGGGAAGACGAGCAGGAUGGAGGAUGCAGCAGCGGUCUUGUCUCUAGGGCGAGCCGGCUCGGCGGCGCUGGGAGCCCCCCGGCGGGGCGCCGUCGAGGCAUGGACGGGGCGGCGGCGGCGGCGGGCGGCCCCCCGGAGCCCACCCCGCGGAAAGGAGGCGGCGGGGGCUCCUCGGAGGGUAGCAAGAGCCAAGCGGGGAGCCAGCAACCACUCUUCGCCGUGGGCUUUGAGGCCGGCUUCGCCCAGCAGCCGCAGCCCGAGCCCAUGUCCUUGCCCCUCUCCCCCCCCCCUUACCAGCCCAUCUACCCCCAGUCUCAGGACCCCUACUCCCACGUGAACGACCCCUACAGCCUCAACCCCCUCCACGCCCAGCCGCAGCCCCAGCACCCAGGAUGGCCGGGACAGAGGCAGAGCCAGGAGACGGGGCUCCUGCACACGCACCGGGGGCUCCCCCACCAGCUUUCGGGCUUGGACCCCCGCAGGGACUACCGGCGGCACGACGACCUGCUGCAUGCCCCGCACGGGCUGGGCUCGGGGCUGGCCGACCUGCCCCUACACUCCAUCCCUCACGCCAUCGAGGACGUGCCGCACGUAGAAGACCCCGGUAUUAACAUCCCGGAUCAAACUGUAAUUAAGAAAGGCCCCGUGUCCCUCUCCAAGUCUAACAACAACGCCGUCUCCUCCAUCCCCAUCAACAAGGACGCGCUCUUCGGCGGGGUGGUCAACCCCAACGAGGUCUUCUGCUCGGUGCCGGGCCGCCUCUCGCUGCUCAGCUCCACCUCCAAGUACAAGGUCACGGUGGCGGAAGUGCAGCGACGCCUCUCGCCGCCCGAGUGCCUCAACGCCUCCCUGCUGGGCGGAGUGCUGCGGAGGGCGAAGUCCAAAAAUGGAGGGCGAUCUCUCAGAGAGAAAUUGGACAAAAUAGGGCUAAACCUGCCGGCUGGGAGGCGCAAAGCUGCUAACGUUACCUUGCUCACUUCGCUGGUGGAGGGAGAAGCAGUGCAUCUAGCUAGAGAUUUUGGGUACGUUUGUGAGACAGAAUUUCCUGCCAAAGCAGUAGCUGAAUUUCUCAACCGACAACAUUCCGAUCCAAAUGAGCAAGUCACAAGAAAAAACAUGCUUCUGGCUACAAAACAGAUCUGUAAAGAGUUCACCGACCUGCUGGCUCAGGACCGAUCUCCCCUGGGGAACUCGCGGCCCAACCCCAUUUUGGAGCCGGGCAUCCAGAGCUGCCUGACCCACUUCAACCUUAUCUCGCACGGCUUCGGCAGCCCAGCAGUGUGCGCUGCCGUCACCGCCCUGCAGAACUAUCUCACUGAGGCGCUCAAGGCCAUGGACAAAAUGUACCUCAGCAACAAUCCCAACAGCCACACAGACAACAGCACCAAAAGCGGCGACAAAGAGGAGAAGCACCGAAAGUGAGGAUCCCCCCCACACUCCUCUCCCUCCCCCCGUACAGCCCAUCAGUCCAUUCAUCUCCCUCCUCCCUCUUCCCUGCACCCAGCACCCCAGGCUACAGCAACAGAAUGAGCGUCCUUCUGCCAAUCCUGUUCUCUGACUCUGCAGGACUGCUCUGCCCUCUCCCUGCACCCUUUCCCAGCAUCCACAUUUCCAUUUUUUCUCUUUUCACUCGCCCCUCCUCUCCCCCACUGCUACCAUCGUUUUACUGCCCCAGUUUGGAGCCUAAGAGAACAGAACAGGGGGACGGAGCCAGCAAAGAGAAAAAGUUCUGUCUUGAGUUUGUGAACUUUUUUUAAAAAAUAAAACAAAAGGAGGAAAAAAAAAAAAAACAAACAAAAAAGGACCUUUUUUUUUUCUAAAAAUAUAUUAAAAAUAAUAAAAAAAGAAAUAAUACUUUAAAAAAAUCUAUGAGCUUCACUGGACUGAAUCACCACCUUCCCUUACAUAAACUUCAGUUAAGAUUGUAGCCAUAUUAAGAAAAAAGUGAAAAAAGUGCAACAGCA